AAUCACAAAUCAACUAUACAAAUUAUUCAACACCAAUCUAGAAAACUCAAGAAAACUGAAGCAAAUCACAAAUUAUCCAUAAAUAACAUGAUUAAUUGAAAGUUUCUUCCUUUCAAUUAAAUUUCUUCACUCUCCACUCAAUAACAUCAACUUCAUUCUACACAAUUAUAAAGAAAAAAUUAGACAUGUCUCCACAAACAUAAAUAAGAUUAGUUGUUUAGAAUAUUAAAUAUACCAAGAAAAUUAAUUAUAUGGGUGUGGGCGGGUGCCAAUGGGGCGGGUGAUUAGUGAACGGGUUUAAACCUAAACCCGACCCAAAAUCCGUCAACACAGAUUUUACCCGUGUUGACCGGAUUUGAUCGGGUGGGUACCCGUGGAUUCGGGUUUUGUUGCCAUCCCUAAAUAUGAUCACAUGAGAAAUGUAAUAGUACCAUAUCAAAUUCGUCAUUGGAUCGAUUUGAUACCUCGACUGUUCGGAAUUAAUCUAUUCUUCACGGGUGCAAAUGUGCAAUGAGUCAUCUCUUAUCAGAGUUGUGAUCUAAGGUGUAGUUAGAAUUCUGAGAAGUCAUAAUUUACAGUUUUAUCUUCCAUGGUCAUGCAUCUUCAAUUCAACUUUGUGUUGUGAAGUUGCCGCGCUCACAGAUCAAACAUGCACAAGUAAUCUUCAUAUUUCUCUCAUGUAACGUAAUUUUUAGCCUCAAAGCUAUAGGAACGAAGAAAAUAAAUCAUAUUUGUGAAGAAGACAAUUAUGCGACUGGUCUCCUUAUUGAUAGAGGCAAUUUGCGGAUGCUAUGAACUCCAAAGUUUGGUUAAAAAAUGCGGGUUGAAGGCAAUUAGUGAAAGGAAAGAGUUUUUUUUAUAUUACAUAUUGAUUCUAAAGUAAUUACUCACUUAUAGGUGUCACAAUAAUGAACGUGACUAAAAGAGUGUUCUUCUGCCGACAAAUUACUCAUUUUUCAGUAAAAGAUGGAUGCUCAGGAUCCUAAUUAGUAUUGAAUAAACUAUCAUGGGUGAUCCCUCUUCACAUUAUGAGAGCCAAAAAAUUAAAUUUGAAUCGCCCGUAUCGAAGAAAUGUGUGACAAAACGAAAACGAAGCUUGUGUCCUUUACAAACCAAGAAGUCCAAUGCAAAUCGGUUUGUAAACUACUUCAUGAGACUUGAACUCAUAGUAGUAGGAGGGGAUUCAACUCAAAACCUAAACAAGAUUCUAACCUAUUAAUUAAGAAUAAUAAGUGGGAAUAGAUCUAUCAAUGAUCCAUCCACCAUGACAUCACAUAUAAAUAAUUAAUCAAGAAUAAGCUAGAAUCUCAACACCCCCACCCCCCACUUGCCUUUGCAUCUUUGCCCUCCUUAAAAUAUUAAUUACCACUAAUCCUCAGCAUUGGGGGGAGCUUAAUCAACUUACAGCUAUGUGUUCUUACUUCUUUCACACCAAGUCUGGGGAAAAAAAUAUCUCUCUCAUCAAGGCUGAGAUCAUUAGGAAGAUGCCCCUAUUUAAUUGCUUAAGCUCAUUGUUUAUGAUUAAUUACUAAAAUGUCAGAACUUUGUUAUGAUAAAAAUUACAAGUGAGAAGGACGUGUGGGGUUGCAUUGAUGCAAGUGUGCGGUUCCUUGAAGCAAUCAAUCAUUUUGUUUUUAGGAGUUAAUUACCCAAAAAAAAGUUGAUUAGUUAUUAGUUUAAUUCAAAUAUAACAAUUCAGUGAUUGAGACUUGAGGGGCCUUAUGUAGUGGAUCUCCAAAGUUUCUUGAGAUGUUUGCGUAAGAGAAUGGUUGAGAGUUGUGAGAACGGAUCUUAUAUUAUUACAUUACACGUCGCAUAAAAAAAAUUAAUUUAUAGUUAGAGGUUUAGCUAAUUGAUAAAUGUUAAGAGUUGUAAGGAUUCGAAACACACAAGAUCAUAUGGUCAGACAGUCUAAUGACAUAUCAGGUACAAGUUAUUGGGCGAGCUUGGAAAAUUUCGAGUAAGGAUUCAUGUUGGGAUUUUUAGUGGUGUGAAUGGAAAUAAAAGGGGAAAGUUUCAAGAGAGUCUCUUGAAGUACCAUGUUGGUAAGAUGUGGGAAGGCACGACCUCGAAUUCGAUCGAUUUGAUGUAAUAUGUGGUUAAUCGGUUAAAUUGGUUUGUGUAUCAAACGGACCAAACCAAACCGAGUUGAACCAAAUCGAACCGAACCUAUGUGGCGGUUGGAAUAACCAAAUCGAUUCAACUACCAUGGGCCGAACCGAUGCAAUGGUUCAUUAUUUCAAACAUGAACCAAUGUGUUGGUUGGGGUGUAACCACCCAUAUGGAGAGUCGCCUCCCUUCGUACGCACCCCUUCAUUUUCUAUAAAUAGCACCUAACCCCCUUUGGUUUUGAUAUAGAGAUUUUUCCCGAUACAAAAUUCUGCCAAAAUCCAAAACUAGUUUUCUGCAUUCUUUUCAAAGAGAAAAUAGAGUCAAGUGUGGUUCUCGCCGGUUCGCUGCGUUCAAUGGUUUCCGGGGUUUGAGGUACCGCUACGCCGGAAAAGGUACGUCCUUUCUAUCCUGGGAGGAAUCAUUCCAUAACCUUGGGCACUUGAGGGGAAUAAGAUUCUUUAAGGAGAGAUAGUGAAUUCUAUCGGCUAGGACGCUUGCAUGUGUCUUUGCAUGUUUUCUUAAUCUUAUGUGUUUGCUUGUGUUGCAAGAAAAUAGUAUACGUGAACAAUUUCCACAACAAUCUUAAAGAAUCUUAAUUUUAGUAAUUGUUCUCGUAUAUGGCAUAUUCAAAUGAUGUAGCACAAUCAGAGUGCGUGAUCAUCAUGUGUUCAUGACUAUGUAUAUGCCAUUUGUUUCAUACAAGACAUGCACCCUUGUAUGAUACUUGCAUUUGAUUCUCUUUGCAUGGAUUGGCGGUAGAAAAAAAAAAUGGCAUGGAAACAAUCAUUUGUCGGUUGCAUAGAGGGAAACGAGUCGUUCGACAGUCUGGUACCAUUCUAUCCCUAUUCUUUUCUAAGUAUGUGUAUACAUAUGUGCCUCACUGUGUACGUGAAUACAUAUACAUUUACAAUGCAUUAUAGAAAUUCGGUUCAUGCAUUGUUCCCAUGUGUGAUGAGUCCGAAUUCAAUUGCGUUGGCUGGAAAUGCAUGUUAUGAUCUGUUAGUUCAGUGAGAUUUUAAUGGAAUGUUAGCCAUACGUGCAUACAUAUUUUUUUGUCUCUGGUCGUACUUUGUCUUGUAUAUAUGUGAAAGAUGGAGUUCAUGUUUAUUUGUUUCACAAUCUUGAAAGCAAAUUGGAACAAGAUGGCUGGAAGCAUUCCAAAGCCGAAGAACCUCAUCAAUGUUGAUGAAGAUGACGACGAUGACGUCGUAGAGGUCAUCAAUAUCGAAUCAGAUCCGGAGAUCAUUGAUCUCUCUACUCCCGAAUUGGAGUUUGACAAUGAAGAAUGGUUCGAUUUUUUUGACGAUAGCGGGGAUUUGGCUAUAUAAUGACAUUGGUGGAGAGCAUUCAACCAAUUAUUGGACUUUAGAUGACAUACCCAUCUAUGAUUGGUACUCAAUGGGACCUAAUGUGGACGAUUUGGGCACCCAUGUGGACUCGAUGGAGAAUAUGGGGGAAGAAGAGGAAGUUGAGGAAUCAGAGAACGAGGAGGAGUACUCCGACAUAGAGACCGAUGAAUGUCUCUCUGAUCCUGACUUCGACCUCAAGAAUCCUUAGGGUUCUUGUAUAUGUAUUGUAAUCUCCUUUGAGGAGUAGACAUAUGUAUGUGUGUAUAUAUACAUAUGGUAUUAAUUUGUGUGUACCUAUGUAAGUCGUGUAUUUACAUGAUGAAUAAAGGACAAAUGUUCUUAUCUCCCAAGUGGAAAAUUAGUUGGAUAAAACCUUACGAGUUUGAUUGGUUCCAAAAUUAACCACAAAGUUUAAAUGCUUUUAUUGCAUUGGCCCAUUUCAUUUUUGUGGCAUUGAUGAAUGAUAAAUGUGCCAAUUUAAUUUGGACUUCGUUCAAGGUGAUGCAUGAGAGGAUGGAAUUACUUAUGAUAGUCCUUCAUGGACUCUAAGUAACGGUGGUUUGGAUAGUAAUAAACUAUCUAGUGGGAAACUAUGAACUAUCAUAGGUAUGUGAAACCUAUGACGAGAGGCCAGUAGGGACUUGUUUGUCAAGUCUAUCUAAGCCAGAAUGUUUGCAUAGGUUAUGUUCAAAGUAAGUUGAACAUAGUUAUGAAAGAGUAUACCUCCAAUGUGUUGGAGAUGAAGUUUGGUUAAUGCACGUUUAAAGGUUUGCAUUACGAGUAAGCCAUAAGUGAUAAGGAAUUCUAAUUCCUAAGAUGCUUGUGAUGACAUAAUAAUUUGUUUAUUAUGUAUGCGGUUUAGGACUUGAUGUUUCCUAUGCCACGAGGGCAAGGAAAAUGAAGUUAUGAUUGAUCCUUAUAGGGAUUUAAUAAGCUUGCCAAAUGAUGGUCGUCAUCAAGAUAAGCAUUAGGUCAGAAUUGUUUAUGGUAUAAGUACACUAUACCAUUGGAAAACAAUUUGACUAUGAUUAUCAACGUGGAGCUAGUUGCCAGAACUGUUUAUGGUAUAUAUAGAUAUAUAUCAUUGGAAAACAAUUUGGCAUGAGAGCUCAAUUGAGAUGAUCUUAUUGAACUUAAAGUCUGGAUUACUUAUGGUAUAUUUUAUGAAAUUUAUACCAUUGGAAAGUAAUUAGACAAUUGAAUUAGAAAUUCGUUUGAAUUACUUGUGGUAUAUCAUGUUACAUAAAUGAAAUGUCAUUGGUAAGUAAUUAGAUGGGAUUUCCAUUACUGGAAUGCAUCUGAAUUACUUAUGACGUCUCAAGUUGCCUUGAUCAAUACCAUUGGUAAGUAAUUGGAUGAUUUUCUAAUAAAAUCUGAAUUGUUUGUGGUAUUCUAAUCGAGUGAGAUCAUACCAUUGGUAAACAAUUAGAUACACUAGUGGUUGGCAAAUUCAAUAAGUAAAACCAUGGAAAAUAAAUGGGAUUAUUCCAUGAUGUUUUGGCAAAGAAUAGAAUUGUGGGGGGGGGGGGGGGCAUUGUUUCGGCUACUAUCUCAAGACCCUACAAUGGGACGCAAACCUAUCCAGAAGACAAAAGUGGAAAGGUAAACGAAGUCAUACUUGAAAGUAUGAAGGUGUCCAAUGAGAAAGUGAGAGUCCUUAAACCAUGUGGAGUUAACCUAGUCCAAGGGUAUAACUUAUGAGUAAACUCUAGCAUAUAUUGACGUUAUGUCAAAGAGCUAGAAUAUUUAUUGAUGUUGAUCCACUCUUCCCAAAGAGAUGAUUUUGACCGUAUACAUGAAUGUAUAUGAACAACAUUCCCCAAACCGAAAAAACGUUGGUUUCAACAACUAUGGCGAAAUACUUGAAAUGUGGGGAUAAAUUGGGGAGAAGUGAUGUGGAAUGUCGCUUGGGUGAUUCCAAAGUGAAGUGAUGUGAUUUUACGUAAACCCUAAGUUAAGUCAUAGAUGUCACUACAUUUGAAGAGAUACUUGUGAAACUCAAGUACUCUAAGGUUAAUGAAGUAGAGAGACUUCAACACCGUUGGCAUGUGUUUUGAUUAUUGCAAGGCAAUAAAAUCAAGGCAAACACAUAAGAUGUGUAGUGAAUUGAAAAGAGACGAGUCUUUGGUGAAUUUUACCCAAAGGAACUCACUGGGUGAACCAAAAGCCAUAGUCUAUUAAUGGAUAGGCAUUUAUGGUUAACGAGGAGCAGUAUCUUGGAAAACGUCCAAGUUAAACUCUAAGACCGGUGAAGUUGAGUAGUUUGGCCGCAAAGACUGGCGUUAAUAAGACGCAUUUGUGCACAAAAUGGUUAUUGAAAGGGCUAGAAGUGUUAUGUGAAAAUCUCGUCGUAGAAACAUAACAUUAUUGAUUGGUUAAUUUCUAGCAAAGUUAUCGGAGAUGAUCAGUUUAGAUCAAGUGAUAACAAACGUGGGGCCCAUCUAGAAAUUAAUUUAAGCAUCGAAGGGAAUGGACUCGUGGCCUAGGACAAAUCAUCAUGGUGGUAACUCUACCUAAGCAGGAUUGGCAGACCCAACCUCUAGGUUCAAGGAGAAAACAAAGUUGUGAAUGAUGGUCCGACAUUGUCAAAUUAUUCAAAGUCCAUUCUCAUGAGGAGACAAUGUCCAACUAUAAGGGUAAACCUAAAGAUGGAAGGUUUUUAAUGGUUUCUAAGUUUGACACAGGAUGUGAUCAAAUAGUGUAUUUUCGGAAUACAUGUUUAGAAAUCACCUAUGUGAGUGUGAAGUGGAGCCGCUUCAAAGAGAAUAAAAGAAGGCCAGUUCUCUAAGCACUCAUGAGACCAGGCGGUGUUCAUGGCUAAAACGAACACAACAAUGAGAACCAGUGAACGGAUAAGAGUUAGUUGUGUGACAUAUGUUGUCUUAGUAUACAAGCAAAACCGACGGUUCAAAGAUAUCACAUCUACCGAUUGGUGAGUAUACUCGAUAUAUGUUCACUAAGGAAGGUUCAAAGGGAAACCUACCUAUUCCGAUGCAACUAAUUCUUAGUCGAGAAUCACACGAUUUUUUGCAUAGUUUUAAAGUACAACAUUCUCCAUUCAUGUGGGGGAUUGUUGGGAUUUUUAGUGGUGUGAAUGGAAAUAAAAGGGGAAAGUUUCAAGAGAGUCUCUUGAAGUACCAUGUUGGUAAGAUGUGGGAAGGCACGGCCUCGAAUUCGAUCCAUUUGAUGUAAUAUGUGGUUAAUCGGUUAAAUUGGUUUGUGUAUCAAACGGACCAAACCAAACCGAGUUGAACCAAAUCGAACCGAACCUAUGUGGCGGUUGGAAUAACCAAACCGGUCCAACUACCAUGGGCCUAACCGAUGCAAUGGUUCAUUAUUUCAAACAUGAACCAAUGUGUUGGUUGGGGUGUAACCACCCAUAUGGAGAGUCGCCUCCCUUCGUACGCACCCCUUCAUUUUCUAUAAAUAGCACCUAACCCCCUUUGGUUUUGAUAUAGAGAUUUUUUCCGAUACAAAAUUCUGCCAAAAUCCAAAACUAGUUUUCUGCAUUCUUUUCAACGAGAAAAUAGAGUCAAGUGUGGUUCUCGCCGGUUCGCUGCGUUCGAUGGUUUCUGGGGUUUGAGGUACCGCUACGCCGGAAAAGGUACGUCCUUUCUAUCCUGGGAGGAACCAUUCCAUAACCUUGGGUAUUUGAGGGGAAUAAGAUUCUUUAAGGAGAGAUAGUGAAUUCUAUCGGCUAGGACGCUUGCAUGUGUCUUUGCAUGUUUUCUUAAUCUUAUGUGUUUGCUUGUGUUGCAAGAAAAUAGUAUAAGUGAACAAUUUCCACAACAAUUCAAAACACACAAAAUCCUAUGGUCAAAUGCUAUGAUACCAUAUCAGGUACAAGUUAUUGGGCGAGCUUAGAAAAAUUUCGACCCUGACAUAUUGUCUUUAGUUUGAAAUGGCUUGUAAGAAAAUGAUGUAAAAUCGAUUCUCGGGCUCUGCCAACAACUCUAGGUUUUUUAUUCAACAUGUUAAGUUAUUCAAGAUAGUUCAAGUAGGAAGGUCUGAGCCCUGAAGUGUAGUGCAAUUCGCAUUCAAUUUGGAUUCUCACUAUUUAUGACAAAAAAAAUAGUUCUAUCCCGUUAGCAUUUUAGCUUCUUUUAUUCACCUUUUUUGGUACAUGAUUGAUCAUACUUGAAUUUUCUAAAAUCUGGUGUAGGAUGAACAUUGUCCAAUUGUUGAUAUAUGGUUCAUAAUCAAACCGAGUCGAGAAUGCAUUAGAUCAAAUACAAAGAAAAAAAAAGUGAAGACUAGGGUUGGACCAUAGAAAAUGGUUUACAGAUCAUAGGGUAGGUACAUAUUCAGAAAAGUUGAGAGCAUCAUUGAAUUAAUUAAUCUGGGACUGUGGUCAAGCUCAAGCCUACCACUAUGUUAGCUGUUUAAACAAUGUUCAGUAUACCAAAUCAUCUUUAAUUAAUUAAAAAAUCCCAAAGCGAUAAUUAAAUCCAUAGGUUCCUAAAGUUGAAAACUGAAAUUUUAAAUAUUUAGCUUUUAGUAUUAACUAAUAAUGUGGUUUGAGCCUUGAUGUGUAAGUUCAAUUUGUUCAAAUUGAUGGAGUUUUGAAACAGAGAUGUCGGCCCAAUUUCCUACUAUAACUUAAGCAUGACAGGGGGAAUGAUCAAUAAUACAAUGUUUAAUCAUUUUAUCAUUACCUUAGAGAGAAGGGAAAAAAAUAUUGGUAUUGGAUUUAUUUUCCUAUACUAAAAUGUUAACUUGUUAGAGUGAGCAGGACCAUUAUGAUAUACGAGCGAAGUGUGCCAUGCUCUGUGUUCUACAACUCGACCACUAGAAACGCGUCCAUACUUGGUGUGCCUAAACUCAACCAGCCACCACAAGGCUAAGACAUUCUUACUUAAAGGGGUAGGAUUGACACCCAAGACUACCCUGGAGUAUGAUCAUGUUUUUUGAGCUACAAGUCGACCGGUGGGAGUACGACUAUACUUUGUAUGCUACAACUUAACCUUCAUCAUAAGGCUAAGACACUCCGUUUCACUGGAGAUGCUAUAAAGGACCCACACUUUCGUCAUGGAUCGCACCUGGGUUCCGAAAAUCGCACAUACAACUACACUUUGUGUGUUACAACUCAAACUAGCUACCACAAGGCUAAGACACACGGUUGAAACAAGAAUGCUACUAAAAGACGGGUUUUGAU